GAAACUCAUCGCGAUCCUCGUUCAACCUCCGUACAAUUGCGUCGCAAUCAAAUCCACCUGGCCGAUCGAUUUUACGAUGCGCAUGCAUGAGCCCUCGAUCCCCUUCACAGUUAACGGUUGACCGCUCGCCUCCCCCAAACCACCGAAAUGAGAUUAGCCUGUAGUACCACGCAUACUGUUGUACCAAUGCAUUGGAUGGUAUCUGGAUACCAAGCCCCCAUAUAAGCAAUCCCUGCGCAGCAGUCGGCAGACAGGAAGACACGGAGCACUCAUCAGGGCGAGGUCCGCGACAGCACAAUGUCCGAUUUCAUGGAGCCCAGGCCUCUGACAUCGGCCUUCGAAAGCCCGACUUUCGGGGAGGAUAGUUCCUUUCACGUGGAGCAGCCCGUGGGAUCCAUGUCAAUAUCGCCAUGUGGACGGGACGUGGUUCUAGCUUCCAAGGAGGGGUUGCAUGUCAUUGACCUGGAUUCGCCAUACUCACCACCUCGGUAUCUCCCGCAUCAUACGCCAUGGGAGGUCGCGGACGUUCAAUGGUCUCCAUUUGCCGCUCGAGACUAUUGGGUUGUGAGCACGUCAAACCAGAAAGCGUUGGUAUGGAACUUGGCGAUGAAGACCUGGCAAAACUCCAUCGAGCUUGUCCUCCAUGCUCACACGCGAGCCAUUACGGAUAUCAACUUCUCCGCCCAUCACCCGGACACCAUAGCGACAUGUGCGGUGGAUAGUUUUGUACACUGUUGGGAUUUGCGGUCACCCGCGCGCCCGGCCAUUACGUUCUCCGAUUGGUUCGCGGGUGCGACGCAGGUGAAAUGGAAUCGACAAGACCCCAAUGUCAUCGCCAGCUCUCAUGACAGGUUUCUGCGGAUAUGGGACAAAAGAAAGGGCGCAUCCCCAAUCAAGUCCAUCGAAGCUCACAACACCAAAAUCUACGGCGUUGACUGGAAUAGAGUUCGCCCGGGAGCUCUUGUGACCUGUUCUCUGGACAAGACCAUCAAAUUCUGGGACUAUACGGUCGAAGGUGAACAGCCCGAGAAAAUCAUCCGGGCCCCUUUCCCGGUGUGGAGAGCGAGAAACACUCCCUUUGGAUGGGGUGUUCUGGCUAUGCCCCAGAGAGGCAAUAGUGACCUCCAUCUGUAUAGUCGCAGGGCUGGCGAGGGCGCCAAUCCGGCCGAAGAUCUCCCGCUGGUGCAUAGCUUCCCCGGGCACAAGGGUCAGGUGAAGGAAUUCCUCUGGAGAGCUCGCGGAGGGGAGUCGGACGGGAUCGACCAUCGGGAAUUCCAACUCGUAUCAUGGGGGACAGACCGGGAACUUCGCCUACACAGAGUCGAUCCCGAUAUUCUACAAGGAGUUGGCUACCGGAAGGGGGAUUCGUUCCUAACCAACUUGAACCUCACCCGCAGGGGCGCCGUUUAUCGAAGUUUCCGUGAUGAAAGCGCUAGCCAAGAAUAUGAAGAUUCGGAUUCUCUAUCCGGUUUUCAGGAAGCCGGCUCACAACCUACUCGUGCUCCCGGAAUGGGCACCACGAAUGUUUCAUCUGCUCGUGCUUGGAAUGGGGGAAAUCCAGAUUCGCGGAUCGGCAUGCAGGGCAGGUCAAACGUCCGCACCGAUACCAACCCAAUCUCAUGGAUGCGAGGUGUCAAAAUAUCAGGGUGGGAAAUUGAGACCUUGGGGGAUGAAAUCACGCAUGUUGGGGAAAAGUUCACCAAGGUCUCCUUUGAGUCUGUUGAUGUCCGCCAGCGCAAAGCAACGAUAUCUCUCCAUGGGCCAUGGGGGACGGACGGGGCGUCUUUGUUCUUGAAAGUGGACAUCAAAUUCCCAGUCGACUACCCCAAGACCGCAAUGCCGACGUUCAGCGUGCAGAAGACUUCGGCUGUUACCGACCAGCUCUCCGACAAGAUAAUUGCUGAAUUGCGUACAAUAGCAGAGACUUAUCUUUCCCACAACCGGGGUUGUCUCGAAGGUGUCGUCCGUUACCUUCUCGGCGAGAGCAGCCUGGAAGAAAGCAUUGCAUGGAUACUGGGCGAAACUGCUGAGACGGUCAAAUCCCCGGUCAACGGACAGCUGGGUGGCGAAGAGUCUAGCGAUGAAGAUGAGGUUGGUUUGUCUCAAAGUCAGGAGCUAGGAAUGAGCUCUGAGUUGCUUCGACCCGUCAAUGCCAAUGUCAUGGUUCCCGUGGCCAAGGUUUGUGGUGCGCUCUGGGCCAAUGAUGGCCGUUUGGUGUGCUUUUUCCCUUCAAAGAAGGACGAUUCCGCCUCAUUUCUAGAAAAUCUUGGAUUCAAAGAAAUGUCUAGGGCGGACAAGGUCUUCGAAGGAUUUGGCCGGCUUCAGACAAGCUCGCCUGGACCCCGCAUGGGCAGUGGGAUUGCGAGUACGGAUGACGGAGCCUCUGAGUAUUCGGAUGACUCGGAGGCUGAAACUUCGAGUUCUUCUGGGUCUUCUGGUAUCUUGUCGAGUCUGCAACAUCGAUUUCCGACGCCCCAAACCUGGCGCAGUGCUGGUAGUCUUGGUUUAUACCGACCACGCUCAACAGACAACUCUCAAAGGUCGACAGCUGGUGCGAUGACCGCCAAGUCAUCCGGGCAAGCUCAAAAUGUGAUAUCGAUCUAUGACUUCAGUGACAUGCUACCAGCAAAACGUGACCUGGCAAGUGAUUAUCGCAUCUACGGCAAAGGAGCAGACGUAUGUGCUCAUAACGCUUCUGUGGCCCUCCGUCAAGGUUAUCAUGAGUUAGCACGGAUAUGGGGACUUGUGAAACUUAUUUUACACAACGACCAACGUUCUGUUCCUUCCCUAGGGCUGAAUUCUACCGAGAGAACACGCUAUAUGCGGAGAAAGGAUAGUGCCGUGGACCUGAGUUUCGACACAGGCGCUCAGGAUCCCCGAGCAAAGGAUGCCCUGAGCAGCGUAAUCCAUUGGGGAGACCAUCCUUUUGGUAGCCACUGGUUUAUUCCUGCGUUGUUUGAUCACUUUGAGCGCAUCGGUGACGUACAAAUGGUUGCGAUGUUGUCCUGCGUGCUUGAACAGUCUAACCAUCAGAACCGAUCGUUGAACCAAGAGCGUCGGGGCAGGGCAACCUUGAAGAAGACGGACAAGCAGUCUUUCUCAUUGGACUUUUAUUCGCACCAUCCCUCGCAGAGCAAGACUCAAAUGACUACACCCUUGAUCUCUACGCCUAAAGACAGCCAUACCACCCCGGUCACACAGAGCUCGGGGCGGUCCUCUUCUGAGAUAUGGCGUGCUGAUUCCACACCUCCGUACUCGACAGGCACCACUCCCCCGUUGGCGUCUCGUGGGCUGGUUACAGAAAGGAGGACGAUGGGGCACAACACACCAGUAGCCGCCUCCCCUGACCAACAAUCCCACCCGCGCAGUGGAUCAGGCAUUGGCUCUGUUCUCGCUUCUUCCUUAUCCCGAUCAUUUACGUUUGGACCUUCGUCGGCAUCGCCUCCUACCAGUGCUCUUAGCAAAAGAAAACCAAGUCCGAAUGGCAGCCCAAACCUUACAGGCGGCUCGGGUAUAUGGUCUACAAACCCGUUCACCUCAAAACCCCCGUCAACGGUCCCGGAUUAUCUUACCACUACCUCCACCGCUGUCACCUCCCAAACUCAUUCCGACACCGAGAGUGAAAGGCCGGAACGAGGGGCAACAUCCAAGCCGCAGCUCAAACUCCACGCAACUUUGAAAAACACAGGCGCCUUCGAUACCGAUGGGAUCGCACAACCUUCAUCUUUUAUCGAUCCCAAUAAAGACUGGCUCUACCGGUCAUAUCGCACUGCGUAUGCUCACCUCCUUUCAAUCUGGGGCCUACCAGUCCAGCGCACCGAAGUGCUCAAGAUCGGCGGAGGCACCGACCGAACCGGAGACGCCAAUCUUCGCCAAUGGGCCUACGACAACUUCCAAGGCUCUCUUUCCCUCCCAACCCUACCCCGGAAGGACUCUUCCGCUGCAGCUAGUGAGAAAGGCAACGACGGUCUCGAAAUUCAACGUCACUGCAUGCGAUGCGGGCGUCCUCUUCAUCUCUCUAUAUUCUCGAACGAAUCCACAACCGAGGCAACAACCAAGCCCGGUGUGAAGAUCUACCCUUCUGCAUCUUCUCCAUCUACCACCUGCUCCAGCUGCAAACCGAAGCAGCGUCUGCCCCUCAAACUUCCCUGCGUCGUCUGCGGAGAAGUCGUCGAAGGAAUGCUCACUCCCUGCUUUGGCUGCGGGCAUGUGAGCUGCUUCGACUGCCAUCGUGGCUGGUUCGCCAUAUCCUCUGACGCCACCGACACCCUGGACCCCGAACAGUUGGCAGAGUCCCAAUUCUGCCCAACAGGCUGUGGCUGCAAAUGCUCCGAACACAUCGCCACCGAUAUCCUUCCUCCCCCAUCGAAUCCCGUCUCCCCUUUGACGCGGCCCAGCCGCGAGAACUCGCCCCUGAACACUCGAGCGCGUAACCGCCACUCCGAUGGAUCCGGUAAAUAUGCCGCCGCAAGUGCUCAUCACGAGACUCCCUCGAACGCCGGCCAACCCGAAGACGACCUCGACCACUGGCAAACAUCUCCGUUUGCUUCGCUGGCAAGAGGUCUCGGCGGUGGUCUGAGCAGGGGCUUGCGUCCGAAGGAAGCAGACAAGCGGAAGUCGAAGCCGGGGACGAUGUUUGUGCCGAAGAAGUCGGCUAUGAAUCAGGUGGAGAAUCGGUGGCAGUAGCAGAGCAGUGAAUGUGUGGAUAUGUAGCAUGCGUCCAUGUCAUCCCCUUCUUCCUCUUUCGUGUUUGUUGUUUUUAUCAGCCUGUGGCUUCUUGUUUUCGACGCCCUGUAUACCCCAUACCCCAGAUCUUGUAUUUGUGUUGCUUUUUGCAUUGUACUCAUGUCUUGGAGUAGAGCGAGUAUAGUAUAGCAUGAAUGAUGUCUUGGUUUG